AUCACUCCAACCACAAUAUGCGUGCCAUCCAAGUCAAAGAAUACGUCCAGGGCCCCCGCGACCUAACCGUAACCACCCUCCCCGACCCCACCCCCUCCCCGGACCAAUACCUCAUCUCCGUCCGCGCCUGCGCCGCCAACUUCUUCGACCUCCUCCAAAUCCGCGGCAAAUACCAACACCAACCUCCCCUCCCCUGGGUCGCCGGCGCCGAAUUCAGCGGCGUCAUCCUCUCCACCCCCAAGAAUGCUUCCAACAAUUCGAGGUUCAAAGUCGGAGACAACGUCUUCGGCUCCGGACAAGGUGGCUAUGCGUAUAAAGUCUGCGCUGCCGAGUCGCAGUUGCAACCCAUGCCGAGUGGGUGGAAUUUCGCGGACAGUGCCGGGUUGUUUGUGACGAUGCCGACGAGUUAUGCGGCGUUGGUGGAUCGUGCGAAUAUCAAAAAGGGGGACUGGGUGCUGGUACACGCCGCGGCGGGAGGAGUGGGACUGGCAGCUGUGCAGAUCGCCAAAGCGUUCGGAGCAACCGUCAUCGCAACAGCGGGUACAAAGGAGAAGUUGGAAGUCGCGAAACGUUUCGGUGCGGAUUACGGCGUGGACUACCGACGAGACGACUGGCCGGCGCAAGUCCAAGCUCUCACGCCGAAGAAGCGCGGCGUGGACAUCGUCUACGACCCCGUGGGACUCAUCGAGAAGUCGACCAAGUGCAUCGCGUGGAACGGCCGGCUCAUCGUCGUGGGAUUCGCGGGCGGGCCGAUCGAGAAGAUGGCCACCAAUCGGAUUCUGUUGAAGAACAUCGCCGUGACGGGACUGCAUUGGGGCGCGUAUGCGAAGUUUCAGCCCGAGAGGAUCCCCGAGGUGUGGGUGGAGUUGUUGCGGUUGAUGGAGGAGAAGAGGAUUGUCGCGACGAAUUAUUCGGAUAAGAGGUAUAGUGGGUUGGAGUCGGUGCCGGAGGCGUUGGAGAGUUUGGGAUCGAGAGGGACGUGGGGGAAGGUGGUGAUUGAUUUGCCGGAGGUGAAGGAGAGUAAGUUGUAG